UAGAAGAAAUUUUAACACGCAGGUUACGUUCGAUCUCAUAACCUCAGCUCGUGAUCCGCCACUCUCCUUCGAGCUCUCCGGGACGAUGCCUAGAUAUUAUUGCGACUACUGCGACACCUAUUUGACUCAUGACUCCCCUUCCGUCAGGAAACAGCACAAUGCCGGCUACAAGCAUAAGGCAAAUGUUCGUACCUACUAUCAGCAGUUUGAGGAGCAACAGACUCAGAGUCUAAUAGAUCAAAAAAUCAAGGAGCACCUAGGGCAGGCUGCAGUUCAGUAUCAAGUGGGUGCACCUUUUAACCAGUUUCUUCAGGCAAACCCUCAGAGACCUCGUCUUCCAGUCCCUAUAAUGCCGAUGGGAGUACCCGGUCAGAUGCCAAUGGGCCCUCCGUUUGUUCCGGGAAUUAGACCCCCUGUUCUGCCUGUCCCUGGUAGUGCCCAAGGUUAUGGAGCUGCUUCAACCGCUUCACCGUCGAUGGGUCCACCAGGUUCAACUUCCAUGCCUAUGCAGAUGAACAAUCUUCCUAGGCCACCUAUGAUGAAUCCUCCGGUUCCUGGAGUUACAACUGCACCAAGCUCUAACGGCGCUGCUAAUCUUUCUAAUCCUAUGACAUAUCAAGCC